AGGCUGGUUCCCAGUUCUCCAUCCACAUGAGGUGCGGGGGUUAAAGGCUCUGGGGCAAAGCAAUUCUUUGGAAUCGUCAGCGAUGUCCUGCCCAGCCCUGCACGGCUGAUUCCAGCAGGGAUGAGAAGUUUUCUCUCAUUACUGCGAAGCAAAGGACGGCUCUGAAGGCAGGGAGAGCUUUGCUGCAGGAUAAAUAUGCUAAACAUUGCGGGGAGUCGGAGGGAAGUUGAAAUGAAAACAAUCCCCGUUAAUGUUUAACCCCCUCGCCGAGGGAUCUCCACGAGCCGCAGGAUGAGGGACACCGGCUCCUGCUGAAGGACAAGGAGACCCGCGAUUUAUUUUUAUUAUGCUGCCGUCUCCUGGCUAAUUUUGGACAAGACGGAAGAGCUGCUGCCAGAACACCCAGGGAAAAUGGAUGAACCCUCCACCUAACACACAACUCCACUUUCUGGAAUGCUCAGUGGAAAAGAGGCAUUCUUCCAGCAUGAAAUCCAGUGCAUACCAGAAUUUCAAUACCAAAUGCUUCAAGGAUAAAGACUUCACGUAAUUGCUGUGGGAUUCAGGACUGCUGCAUUCUCAUUCUUCUGACUCUUUAACAAGGUGGAUGUAAGAUAAUCUGACUGUUUAAUUAAACUAUGAUGAGAAGACAGUAUCUGGAAAACAAAAGAUGAACCCACUUCAUGCAAAGAAAUCAAGAUUUUUAGUGUGCGUUGCUGUCUGUACGUUCAUCUACACUUUCAUCUACCUAAAGGUUCCUCUUUCUGAAGAGCCAAAUGAACAGAAAUUAAACGUUAGAAGAGCAGAGUGUGGUUUUUACCCAGAUGAACUUUGUUCAGCUCUUUUUGUGGGGAAACCUGCCGCCUUUAAGAUUGGAAACUUCUGUCAGAACUCCUACCAACCCAAACCACUGAGCUGCAUUCAGACUUCGUGCAGCUGCUCCACACUUCUGAAGACUCUGCAUUUUAUCACGAGCCCACUGUCAGAGGAAGAAGGAAAUUUCUCAUUGGCUUACAUUAUUACAAUUCACAAGGAGCUGGAAAUGUUUGUAAAGCUGCUAAGAGCUAUUUAUAUGCCUCAGAAUAUUUACUGCAUACAUAUUGAUGAGAAGUCACCAAGAGAUUAUAAAACUGCUGUGCAGAACAUCGUUAAUUGCUUUGAAAAUAUCUUCAUUUCCUCAAAAAGAGAACAUGUUGUUUAUGCAGGAUUUUCAAGAUUACUAGCUGAUAUUAAUUGCAUGAGAGACCUAGUUAAUUCCAAAGUUCAGUGGAAUUAUGUUAUUAAUCUAUGUGGUCAAGAUUUUCCCCUUAAAACAAAUAAAGAAAUUAUACAAUACAUGAAAAGUAAGUGGAAUGGUAAAAAUAUUACUCCUGGGAUAGUCCAACCACUUCAUAUGAAACACAGAACACAGCUUAGUUACAGAGAAUAUGUACAUUCUGGAGUGCCAUACUUGUAUCCAGGAAAGAAUAUGAAAGCUAAACCUCCACAUAAUAUGACAAUAUAUUUUGGCAGUGCCUAUUAUGUCCUCACUAAAGAAUUUGUAGAGUUUACAUUGACUGAUGCACGUGCAAAAGAUCUGCUUGAGUGGUCGAGAGACACGUACAGCCCGGAUGAGCAUUACUGGGUCACCCUGAACCGUUUACCUGAUGCUCCAGGAGCUACACCCAAUGCAGGCUGGAAAGGAAACCUAAGAGCCAUUAAAUGGAAAGAUCAAGAAGGAUCCUCACACAAAGGCUGCAAAGGUCAUUACAUCAGAGACAUUUGUAUCUACGGACUAGGGGAUUUGCAGUGGAUUAUUGAGUCACCUCAUUUGUUUGCCAACAAAUUCGAGCCUGCAAAGUACCCCCUGGCCAUGGACUGCCUGGAGAGACGCCUGAGGCUCCGGAUGCUGCGCCAGGCAGAGGUGCCCAUCCAGGACCACUGGCGUUUCCAGGAGCACAGCUACUUCAACAUGAGGCUGGAUGUCUGAGCUUAGCUAACAUCUAAACAAGUGUUCACAAUACUGACAGAAACCAUGAACAUUUUUAGCCAUAGACUUCACUGUGUGCAUUACAGCAUGAGGGUAAAGCACAGUCCUGUACUACCAAUAAACGGGUUUUAUUUAUUACACUAACAGCUGCUGAUGGGUUAAUUCUCAAAGGAAAUGACAUGUCUAAAUCUGUAACUUACUGAGGACAAGGGGGAAGUUCAUAAUCUAUUAAGUGACUUAUUUAGCUGGAAAAAUCAAUAUUCCUUGUGUCCACAGCCAAAGAAUGACUAACUGGUAUGAAAAUAAUAAAACAGAAGCAAUGGCUGGAUGAAAAUAAAAUAUGGAGAACACAAUUAAA